GAUCCUAGAUUCGUCGAAAGUAAAAAGAAAAAUGAGUAGCUUAUCUUAUUUUGGAAAGAAGCUGCAACAUCUUUGUAGCACAAUAUUUUUGUAUCUGGCUUGUUUGUGUAGAUCAACAUGCUUCCUCAUUUCUUGCCUCCACAAAUCCAUUCUUCUCAGAGUGAACAAAAUUUUCGUACAAAUCUUUUACUUCAUUUUCAUUUCUCUUUUUGGUUUUUGCAUUCUCAGAAUCUUGAAGCCAAGGAGUGUUGAUUUUACACCUAGGAAUUUAGAUUUAUUCUUCACUUCUGUUUCUUCAGUAACUGUCUCAAGCAUGUCCACUGUAGAAAUGGAAGUCUUUUCCAAUUCCCAACUCAUUCUUAUUACAUUUUUAAUGUUCAUGGGUGGUGAAAUCUUCACAUCUAUGGUUGGGCUUCAUUUAAUUAGGUCCAAGUUCAAGCCGUGGAGAAAAGAUAGCAAAAUUGAGUCAGUAAUUAGUAGUACUACCACUUCUCCAAGAAACUCAGAUUUUAAUGAUGAUAUUGAGUUGGACAUUGUUGUAAUACCUGACUCCCCAAAGCAAAAGUCAGAAAGUGAUGAAUUACAAGAUGAUUUUGGAUCAUCAGAUAAACAAACUCUCAAGUACCAAUCUAUCAAAUUCCUAGGGUUUGUAACAUUAGUUUAUCUUCUAGUCAUCAACGUUAUUGGUGUCUCAUCAGUUCUAGUGUAUCUAGCCUGUGUUUCAAGUGCAAAAGAUGUACUAAGAAACAAGGGGCUAAAAACCUUCACUUUUGCUAUUUUUACAGUUGUCUCAACCUUUGCUAGCUGCGGUUUUGUUCCAACGAACGAAAACAUGAUAGUAUUUAGCAAGAACUCAGGUCUUCUUUUGAUUCUAAUCCCUCAAGUACUUUUUGGAAACACAUUAUAUCCAGCAUGUUUGAGACUUUGUAUUAAGUUCUUGGGAAAAUUUUCUAGGAAAAGAGAAGCUAAAUAUUUGUUGAAGCAUUCAAGAGAAAUAAGACAUCUCCACUUGCUUCCUAGCCAACAUUCAAGAUUAUUAGUGGUCACAGUGUUUGGAUUCAUCUUGAUCCAAUUGAUUAUGUUUUGCUCUUUGGAAUGGAAAUCUUCUUCUCUUAAUGGACUAAAUAGCUACCAGAAAAUAGUCGGAUCAUUAUUUCAAGUUGUGAAUGCAAGACACACCGGUGAAACCAUUGUUGAUAUCUCCACAGUUGCCCCAGCCAUCUUGGUGGUAUUCAUAGUAAUGAUGUAUCUUCCUCCAUAUACAUCAUUUAUACCAGUUAAAGGUGUUGAAGAGGCCCCUGAAGAGACUUUGGGGGAAAAACAAGGAAGAGGAAAAGUUGCAGAAAAUCUCAUACUUUCCCAGCUUUCUUAUAUAUUCUUCUUCAUUGUUCUAAUUUGCAUCACAGAAAGGAAACGGAUGAAGGAUGAUCCACUCAACUUUAAUGUGUUGAAUAUCACUCUUGAAGUCGUAAGUGCAUAUGGAAAUGUUGGUUUCACAACAGGAUAUAAUUGUGAUCGGAUGAUAAACCAAGAUCCAACUUGUAAGAAUAAAACGUAUGGAUUUGUAGGGAAAUGGAGUGAUGAAGGUAAAUUAAUUCUCAUAAUUGUCAUGUUUUUCGGAAGAUUGAAGAAGUUCAAUAUGCAAGGUGGAAAAGCAUGGAAGCUCUUGUAAUUAGCAUCCACAGCUUUUCCAAGGACAAUUAUUUUGAAGUACUACCCACAAUUAUCAUUAUUCUGUAAAUUUGACCCUUUUGAUGAAGGCAAAAUAACAAAAUGUAUAUAUUGCGGAAAUUUGCUUUCGCUCAUUUUCUAUUUUUGCUCAAUUUCUAUGUACCUGUGCAGGUUUUUUCCCCCCUUCCUUUUCCAAAUAAAAAUUUCUUCAAUCA